UGUUGUAAUUAUCAGGUCCAGUCAGGUCCUGCACUUUCUUUUACCAAGGAGCUAAUGGGAGCUAAUAAAACUUGUAAUAAGCAGCUGCAGCUUACUGCUUUCUGUUUUCCACACAUUGCUUUUGUGUUUUAGUUGGUUUUAUAUGUUUAAGUACUUUUAAGGCUGGCUGAAGACCAGAUGAACUAUUUUCAUUUUGUUGUGAUUCACAAACCCCUAGAAUCAAAACAGGGUCUUUUAUUGUUUCUGCUGUGUUCUGUAAAGGCUGUCCUCCGUGCUUUAGUGGUCACCCAUAAGCCUAUUUGUGGGAGUGAUAGCGAUGUCAGUGGUAAUGGUGUGGACUCUUCUCUGUGCAAGAGAAUUAGUGGUGCUAAACGCAGUAAUGCCAUCAGGGCCGGCCUGGUUAUGAGGGCACGUUGCUUUACAACAGGUGGAGAAGGCAAGGUGGGCCAGCUAAUAAGAGAGGGUCAAGUUGCAGCAGGGAUCACUUUGCUCUGUUGGUAUCAGUGCAGUCUACAGCCAGCAGUGGACUGUAGAACUCGUGCACUGGGAGGUGUUUAGAUAUGUUUGCCAAAUUCAAGAGCUUCUUUUCAGGCCCCCAGUUACCAGCUGAAUCUGGGACCACCACAGUAGCACCAGCACCAGCUCCAGCCCCAGCUCCAGCUCCAGCUCCAGCACCAGCACCAGUUAAGGAGGAGAAGCCAGCUGAUAAAGAAAAUGAAGCAAAGAAUGAGGACAAACCACAAGCUGUUACAACAACUCCAGCUCCAGCUCCAGCUGCAGCUGCAGCACCAGCCCCUGGCUCAGCUCCAGCCCCCACAGCUGCACCAGCUAACCCAGACCAAGCUGGACCUGAAGGUCAGGAAGAAGCUCCUCCACCACCAAUAAUCAUCAAUAAAUAUGCCGAUGAGCAGCUCAGAAGUGUGGCCAAGCGGAUGCAUGAGAGACUGGAGCUGUACAAGGAGAAGGUGGUUGAUCAGUACGCUUCAUCACCUGAGAUCACCCCUCCUGUCACUCCAUUGCUACAAAAAGACGAAUAUGCAAGAGUCAUAGAAGAAAGAGCUAGACAAGCAGAGGAGGAGAGGAUUAAGAAGGAAGAGGCAGACAAGAAGAAAAAAGAAGAACAGGAGAAGAAAAAGAAGGAAGCUGAGCAGAAGAAGAAGGAGGAAGAGGAGAAAAGGUUAGAAGAAGAAAAGAAGGUGAAGGUGCCCUUGAAGACCAGGAUAAUUGCAGCCGGGUGGGCUUUGGUGGACUUUGUGUUGAAGCCUAUUGAGGACCGUAUGGAUCCAAUUCUGGGGGCCACCAUCGAUCCGUUCACAGAUCGCCGCUACAUAGCAUGGCUGAGUUUGGUGACUGUGGCGUUCAACUACAACGCCUGGUUCAUCACAGCCCGGCUGUGUUUCCCGUACCACACCGAGGCCUCCAUCCCUUACUGGUUUGUCAUGGAUGUCCUGGCUGACCUCGUCUACGCUGCAGACUCCAUCCUGUUUCAGCCCCGCAAACAGUUUGUCAAAGGAGGGGACAUCAUAAAAGACCGCAAAAUGACAAAGAAGCACUACAGAGAAUCAGAGCGAUUUCUGGUUGACAUGGUGUCGGUUUUCCCAUUAGACUUGUUAUACCUCAAGUUUGGGUUCAACUCUGCUUUCAGAGCCAAUCGUAUACUGAAGUUAGAUACAUUUUUUGAGUUCAGUGAUCGCUUGGAGAGCAUCUUGGCCAAGGCGUACAUCUGGAGAGUGAUUCGUACCAUCGGCUACCUGCUCUUCAUGCUCCAUCUCAACGCCUGUUUCUACUACGUUGCCUCAGACUACCAGGGCAUCGGAAAAACCAAGUGGGUCUACUCUGGUCAAGGCAGUGCGUACCUGCGCUGUUACUACUUUGCUGUCCGCAGUCUGAUCAACAUCGGGGGUCUUAAUGAACCUCACACCGUCUUUGAGAUUACCUUUCAGAUGACUAACUUUUUCAUAGGCGUCUUUGUGUUCUCCAGUUUGAUUGGACAGAUGAGAGACGUCAUUGGUGCUGCCACAGCAGGACAAACCUACUUCAGAUCCUCCAUGGACAACACGGUGGCCUACAUGGUCACCAACCACAUUCCACAUAUGGUGCAGAACAGGGUCCGCACCUGGUACACCUACACAUGGGACGCUCAGGGCAUGCUGGAUGAGUCUGAGCUGCUGGAUAAGAUGCCUCUAGUGAUGAGGACUGCCAUUGCUGUGGACAUCAACCUGGCAACAUUUCAGAAGAUUGCUCUGUUUCAGGGCUGUGACCAGCAGAUGCUGGUGGACAUGUUACUGAGACUCAAGUCCAUCAUCUACCUACCUGGAGACUUUGUAGUGAAAAAGGGUGAUAUCGGUAAAGAGAUGUACAUCAUCAAAAGUGGGGCGGUGCAGGUGGUGGGAGGACCUGACAACAGUAUUGUGUUCGUCACACUGAAGGCUGGCUGUGUGUUUGGAGAAAUCAGUUUGCUGCAGUCCUCCAAAGAUGGUGGGAACAGAAGAACAGCUAAUGUGAAAGCCUACGGCUUUGCUAACCUCUUCGUCCUGGAGAAGAAAGACCUGUUUGACAUUUUGGUCCACUACCCAGAAUCUCAGAAAGUGCUGGCUAGGAAGGGCAGGAAACUAAUGAAAGCCAAGGGCCCAGCGGCAGCAAAAGUAGAGGAGGAGAAGAAGAAAGGGCUGGCGUUGUUCGGACCCAAACCACCAACACCCAAAUUUCUACGAGCCUUUGGAGGACCUUUUAAUAAGAAAUUCAUUGAAAAACUGAAGAGUUCUAGUUAAACGUGAGGACCCAAGAUUUGGAGGGAGGUCUUUUUAUUCGUUUUUUAUUUUAAUAUCUUUUUAACUCCGUUUUGGGAGUAACCAAUCUUCUUCUUGAGAUUAUUAUUCUUUGUACCAAGGCUUUUUUUUUAUUUAUUUAUUUUUUGCUUUUAAUUACAUUUAAUAUUUUAAAAAGACUAAUUUCUAAGUCCCAGAUUAUUUAAACAUGUUUAAAGAAGACAGUGGGCUUGAACAGAAAUGGUUAAAAUACAUAAAAUGUUGAAACAUCUGAUCUAGUGUUCAGGUUGAUACUCCAGGGCUUGUACUAGUUUUACUGCAUUCACUUUUUUAUAACAGCAGUUUUAAUUACACCUAAAAGCCAUCAGACUUUACACAGCAGCUAUGUUUUAUGUGUUUGGACCUUUUAAUCUUCCGCAAUAGCCCAAAUAAAUGCCUGUUUGUUAUUGUUGGAAUACUUUUUUAUCUUUGUUACUUCACCAUGUGUCAGUCACCUUACAUCUUAACCUGUUGUAGUUCCCCAGCAGAUCCCAUCUAAUCCUGUUAGUUGGGCAGAGGCAGUAAAGGCUGAUCAAGCUGGAGUCUCUGUUUGUGAACUCUGCAGUAAAAACACGAACACCGUCAUAUUUAACAGCUUCUGUCAUCCCAUAAGUUACCGAUGUCAUUUCCUGUCAAUAAAAUUUUAUUUAAAACUAAACUUAUUUUGUCUGAAAAAACAUCAGAUCGAUUUUGAAAGAAGUUAAGAUAUUCGUAUGCAUUCAGUAUGAAAAAUGACAACACCAGGCCUUAUUUAAAUGUAAUUCCGCCUUCAUGUCACAGUGACUUUUAUUAUUCACCAACCAGAGUCUGAUAAUGCAGUGACACUUAGAAUGGCUAAGAUGGACAGACUAUGGUCACUAAAGCAGGAAAAACCUGAUUGGUGGAUGUGAGGGCUCAUCUGUUGAAGAAAGGGGAGUGCCCAAGAGGAAUUACUCAUUCUGAGAAUUUUCAAAGCCUUCGUUGGUUGUUUGGUUGGAAGACGAGGAGCCAGAGGGUUUCUUUUAGCUGAAGGAGGAGAAGUACCUCUCUGUAGUCCACAUAGACCUCCAAAACAUGUUCAACUGGUUGAAAAGGGUUGUAGGGGCUCCAGAACCUCCCCCUGCCCAAGCAGCUGCUCCACCUCCUACACCCCCUCCACCAGAUCAGGAGGCAAAGCCAUCUGAAAAUCAGGAUAAGAAAGACGACCCAAAAUCCAAACGUGAAAAUGUUGAGAAGAAAGAUGAGGAGACGAAAGAAGAACAAAAGAAAGAGAUUAGGACAGAUGAUGACACCAAGAAAGAGGAACCUGAAUCAGCUCCAGCACCACCAGCUCCUGCACCACCAGCUCCAGCACCAUCAGCUCCAGCACAACCAACUGCUCCUGCAUCUGAUGACCCAACCAAUCCAGAGGGGGGUGAAGGGUAAAUGUUCACUUUAGUCUUUCUACAACCAUUUUUUCCCAGUUUAAAUUUGUUUAAACUCAAUCCAUUUGUCAUUUGUGGCAGCCAAAGAACAUAUAGCUGUGGAUAUUUCUUACCAAACACAACAGAUAUCUGAAAGC